AUGGCGGCCUCACCACGUCGCGCGCUGCCAAUACCGCCAGGCCCUCCUCUUCUCGAAUUCCAACCUUACUGGGAUGGCUCGCCUAGUCUGCCCAGCUCAUAUCAUUACAGCAAUACUCCAUACAUGACGGUUCCCGAUCCUCCGUUGGUGCCACAUACCGCCACUUAUGAUGAUCAACCAACUUCCCGUAUUCUGCGCGGUGGAACUUUACUGCACAAAGGUUUCUAUGAUCUCCUGUCAUUGAUACCGUCAGCUCCGUAUCCUUCUCGACUCCUCUGGCGAGAUAGUCCUGAACCUGUAGCUGGGCCUCGAUAUGGAGAUAUCACACCCUCUGUGAAUCCUGCCGCGAAACCUCUCCAGAUUCAUCCUAAUAACCCUGUCGCAACUCCCGCCAAGAAUUUGAACCGGCGGAGGAUCAGCAAGGAUAUGGUGUCCAAGCCUACCGGAUUCGUCCAUUUAAUUCAUGCCUCUGAUGUCGACCAGGCCGAAGCUCUUCUCAUGAGAUGGGGUCCAGAAGGGCAAGGCAAACUGGGAGAUCCACGCUGGGCGGAUCCAAUCAAGGAUCGCAUUCGCCAGAGUAACCAGGCAAGAGCUAUCAACGAAGUUGUCAACGCGCUGAAGCCUACUCAGAGCAACUUCAACAAGCCUGAUGCAGGACAGCCAUCCCCUCUCCGAGUUGUCAACGGUCUUAGCACUACAUCUUCGACGCUGACCACUGCAGCUAUGGAAAACAUCUCUUUGAGCCCCAGCUCGCCGGCACAAUCAUCACCCGUUACCAGCCAGGUCCCCUAUGGACAACCUGGAAAUUCCACCAUCCGAUGGACCACUGGUCUUGCUGCGCAUCCCGAACAUGAAAAUGAGGACACAGUGGCCAUGGACCCGGAGAAAGAACUUCCGAUUGUCCCUCUUAGACCCUUUCAGCCGUCCUUGGCAACUCUGGAAAAGGCCGUAUCUGCGAAAAUUUACUUCGAGAACCUUUAUUUUCCGCUUCUUCGGCAUCCGCCUUCUAGAGAGCAAAGGAGACUAGCCAUGGAAAAGGAGAUGCUCAAUAUGCAAUUGAAUGAGACUCAGAAGGACUACAUCCGGGGCCGAUGGCGGCAGAACGAGACGGACUACUUGCGAGAACUCAGGAGAAAGGUCGAUGUCAGUGCAUUUGUCAACCUGAAGACAAUUGGACACGGUGCUUUCGGGGUCGUUUCCCUCGUGCGUGAGCGUUCGACGGGCCAGCUAUUUGCCAUGAAACAGUUGCGGAAGACAGAUAUGUUACGUAAGGGACAAGAGGGACAUGUCCGGGCUGAGCGAGACAUCUUGAAAUCUGCGUCACUGGUCAGCAGUCCUGGAGGAGCAGAGUGGAUUGUCAGACUGUACUACAGCUUCCAAGAUCGUGACCACCUCUACCUUGUACUUGAAUAUAUGGGCGGAGGGGACCUUCUCAACCUCCUGAUAGAAAGAGAUGUUUUCGAGGAAGAUUUCACGCGGUUCUACCUCGCCGAGAUGGUCCUCGCGAUUGAGUCAUGCCAUAAACACGGGUUUAUCCACCGAGAUAUCAAGCCGGAUAACUUCUUGUUCGACCCGGACGGGCACAUCAAACUUAGCGAUUUCGGUCUUGCCACGGAUCUACACUGGGCACAUGACACCUCGUAUUACGAGCAACAGCGACUACACCUGCUACACAAAUAUGGCAUAGACCUCGAGGACAGUCCCGCUUCCCAGUCUGACGGCAUGAGGACGAGGCGCAUGGACCGCAAGGACGUAGAACGGUUGAUGGGUGGAGAUGACGGUCAAGGAAGAAUCUUUACCUGGAGGGAGAAGAACAGCCGGAAGCUGGCGUACUCGGUAUGCGGGACCAAUUCCUACAUGUCGCCUGAAGUCAUACGAGGACACGGAUACUCAUAUUCCUGUGAUUGGUGGAGUCUCGGUGUUAUUAUGUUUGAAUGCCUCUACGGAUUUCCCCCCUUUGUCAGCAAUUCGCGUCACAUCACUCGCCAAAAGAUUCUGAAUUGGCGACAAUCGCUGCGUUUUCCCUCGCGUCCGCGUGUUUCACGGGAGGGAGUUAACCUCAUGGAGCAACUCCUUUGCGAACCUGAGGAUCGACUUGGCUCUCAAGCCUCAUCGUCCGUGAGCAGGCCUAACUCUAUGAUCGUGCAGGCUAGGCGGAGCGGCUUCAUCUCUCCCGCCGGCUUUCCGAGCAACGUGGAUGGGUCUCAUUUGAUCAAGGCACAUCCUUGGUUCCGGGGCAUAGAUUGGGACAACAUACACAGAUACCCGGCACCUUAUCGACCUGAGCUUCACCAUCCGGAAGACACGCGUCAUUUCGAUGACGACAUACCGGCAGAGCCUCUUGCUCCCGCGAACGGGGCAGCUGCGGAUGCCACUCGUGAUCCGCUUCUCCGAGACAAAGUACACGGCGCUGAUAUCUUAGAAGUGCGGAAGGCCCUAGCCUUCGCCGGAUUUACUCACAAGAGCCCUCGGGUCAUAAGUUAUGUGCGAGCGGACAAAGCCUUCGACCCUGAACCAGAUACAUACGGCAAGGGCGACGUGGAUAGAGGGCGCUCCACUAUUCGCGACGUUCGGGAAAUUGGUCAAGGACGGGCAAUUUCUAUGUGA